AUGUGCUUCAACAAUAGCUCUGGGGGGUCGCGCUUCUUUCGGCACAUCACCAUGUCAUCUUCGGCACAACCACGACCCCGUUCACCUUCUCGUCCUAUCGCUGUCAUGUCUUCCCCCGCUCACAUCACGCUCUCGUCUACCACAUCUCUCGAACAACUCUUGCGUCUUGUUGCUACUCCAUCUAUCUCCUCGUCUGUCUCCCUCAUUGUCCGGCAAACGCUCUCCCGCCGCGUUCGCAUCAUCCACCCAUACCAUCUCCCUCUUGCCCCCGUUGACGAAUCCCUUGCAUCUCGCGUCUCAGCUCUCGAAAAUCAGGUCGCCGCCCUCUCUGCUCGCGUUCAAGCUGCUCGUGAAAACGGUCUCUCCUCUCUUCAAACAUCCGUAUCCCGCAGGGUAAAAGCUACAUGUGCUCCCGCUUCACCCGACGUAACCCCCGUAGUUGUUGCCACGCCGCCUCACCAAAAACUUGCUGCUGAUGCAGCCGGCAGCCAUCAUGCUGUCGUGAAUCGCGUGCACGAGCUGGAGAAAGCUGCCAACAGCACGCGCAAACGCGCAGCUUCCGUACGGGAAGUUCUUCGCAUUAUUUCGAACAACGUCGAUAUUGAUGACGAUGUCAGUCAAACCAUUGCCGACGAUUGGACCCUCACUUUCGCGGAUCUCGACAAAAACAGGCCACGGAAGAGAUUCGCUGCAGCUAACUCUCCAUUACGAUCAGAAGGACGCCCGGAGGCGAGUCCAGUGCAUAUUGCUGGGGGAAGGACCAAGGUGUUUUUACCAAUGAGUCCGCACGUCACCCCACGGAGCAAGAUGAGAAAGAAGCUGUUGAGAUCUACAAGACGAGAAUUCCGACAACCUUCGUUUUCGUCGCCUCUUCCGCGCGGAAACGUGGAACCAUCUUCUUCGUAUGGCGUCGGAUUUUGCCGGCGAUGGCUCUUCGCUGCGCUGUUAAAAGUGAUGAUAUCGUUCAUCAUGGAGCAAAGCGUUACACUUAAAGAAAAGCUCAUGAGCUCCUCGGUCGCUCAGUAA